AUGGGAUUGCUAAAUCGAAUUUGUGUGUUAACAAUUCGCAAUGAUGAAUCGUUCACGUUAUUCAGUGAGAAAGUGGAAAAAUUAAUCAAAUUUAUUGUUAUAUUCUCCUAUGCUACUGCCGGGGCUAUUUCGGGAAAUUCAAUUUUCCCCUUUAUUGGUAAACAAAAACGAAUUAUUGUGGACAUUGCGUUUCCAUUGGAUUGGAAAAAUAGUGAAAUUGGAUUCUGGCUGACGUACGUUUUCUUUCUUACCGAAAAUAUGCUCUCGUUCCUGACGAUAGUUUAUGCCUCCGCAUUAAUUUGGUAUUUAUUGCUGCAUUGCUCCUUAAGAUAUAGAAUUCUUGGAACUGAAAUAAGAAACAUGGGACGAAUCUCGGAUGACGAUGACAUUCAGAUGUAUUCGCUCAUUUACUGCAUUGCUGAACUGUUUAUGAUAACGUAUUUCGGCAAUGAGAUCAUGUUGUCGAGUGGUGAACUUACUUACAAUCUAUUUGAAUCCAAUUGGGUCGAGCAGUCACAUGCGACCAAGAAAUGCAUUAUCAUUUUCGGCGAAUAUUUAAAGCAAUCGCAUGAGAUGCUAAUCGGUAAAUUGUAUCCGUUGACUUUGGAAUCAUUUGUUCGGAUUUUAAAUUCGUCGUACACCUUGUUCAACGUUUUACAAAAUUUUAAACCAUAG